AUGAACGGCGUCUCCCUCACUGCCAUUAGGGUCGGCGACGGUGCAGGGCUUGCUGACCCUGUCGCCGCCAACGCCACGGUCACAGCCAGCCUCUCGAUUAAGAACCCCAACAUCGCGUCAUUCCGGUUAUCGCAGAGCGGGACGGAGGUGUACCACGGCGAGCGGACGGUCAGCGUGGCGAACGGGCUCGCCGGCAGCGUCGGAGUCCAAGGGUCCUUGCGCAUGAAUCUAACGGUCGACAUCCUCGGCGACCACCGGUCUGGAAUGGAUGAUGGAACGGUUGGUGUUCAAGAAUCAAGUGACAUGUGUAUUUCAAGCGAUGAUGAUGGCAUUAAGCAACAAAAUGAACGCAACGCAGAACUUGAACAUGAACAUAGCGAAGCUCAACCAGAUGCAUUAGUUGCAGAACCUGAAUUGGGGAUGGCCUUUGACACCGAGAAUGAGGUGCGAGAGUAUUACAUCAAAUAUGCUAAAGCAAAAGGCUUUGGUGUGACGAGAAGAAGUUCACACAGUGAUGAUAAUGGGCAACUGAAGUACCUUACACUUUCUUGCUCUCGCUAUGGUAAGACUCAAUCGAAGUCAAGAAAUAUGUUGAAGCCAAAUCCAACAGCCGGGAUAGGAUGUAAAGCUAAAAUUAAUAUUGCACGUGGUCUGGAUGGGAAGCUUCAUCUUUCAACGGCGAUUUUGGAUCAUAAUCACACAUUGAGUCCACAAAAAUCUCGGUUAUUCAGAUGCAAUAAAAAGUUAGAUUUCCAUGUCAAGAGAAGGCUUGAGCUGAAUGACCACGCUGGAAUACGAGUAAACAAGAAUUUUAAUUCAUUUGUUGUGGCAGCAGAUGGUCAUGACAACCUGACUUUUGGUGAGAAAAAUUGUCGCAAUUUUCUAGAGAAAACUAGAAGGUUAAAACUUGGUAGCGGUGAUGCUGAAGCGGUUCGCGACUAUUUUGUCAAAAUGCAAUCUGCCAAUCCAAAUUUUUUUAGUGUCAUGGAUGUUGAUGAUGAAUCCCGACUUAGGAAUGUUUUUUGGGCUGAUGCCAGAAGUAGAGCAGUGUAUGAGUCUUUUCAUGAUGUCAUUACUUUUGACACGACAUGUUUGAUGAACAAAUAUGAUAUGCCUUUUGCUUGUUUUGUUGGUGUGAAUCAUCAUGGCCAUUCAGUGCUACUUGGGUGUGCUUUAUUAUCAAAUGAAGAUACUUCAACAUUUGUCUGGUUAUUUCAAGCAUGGCUUACAUGUAUGUCAAACCGUCGACCAAAAGCAAUUAUAACUGAUCAAGCAAAAGCAAUUCAGAAUGGUGUGGAAGAAGUUUUCCCGGAAUCUCGAUACAGAUGGUGCUUAUGGCACAUAAUGAAGAAGAUACCCGAGAAGUUGGGUGGGUAUGAUGAAUAUGAUCACAUAAAGGUUGCCAUUGGCAACGCAGUUUAUGAUUCAUUGACAAUUACAGAGUUUGAAGUUGCUUGGAUGCAUAUGCUUGAGAAGUAUUGUCUUGCUGAUAAUGAAUGGCUCAAAGGGCUUUAUGAACAUCGACACCGCUGGGUUCCAGCAUUUGUGAAAGAUGCCUUCUGGGCAGGUAUGUCUACUACACAACGCAGUGAGAGUAUGAAUGCCUUCUUUGAUGGAUAUGUUAAUGCAAAAACUACAUUGAAGCAUUUUGUUACCCAAUAUGAGAAUGCUCUUCGUGAUAAAGUUGAGAAGGAGAAUAUUGCUGAUUUUAAUUCCUUCUAUUCAACUAUACCUUGUAUCACACGCUUUGACAUCGAGAAGCAAUUUCAGUCGGCCUAUACAAAUUCGAAGUUCAAAGAAUUUCAAGAAGAGCUAACAGACAUUAUGUACUGUGAUCGAAAGUUAAUACAAAAGCAAGGGGCAAUAGCAACAUAUGAAAUAACCGAGGAUGUGUUAAUUGACAAGGAAAAAGGAUGGAGAAAAGAUAUUGUGUACCAUGUAUAUUUCAAUGAGGAAGAGUUUGAAGUUAAGUGUUCAUGUCGCCGCUUUGAGUUCAGAGGUAUUCUCUGUAGGCAUAUAUUAUGUGUGCUCACUCACAUGAAAAUAAAGGAGGUUCCUCCACAAUACAUCCAUGAUCGGUGGAAAAAGAAUGUGAAAAGAAAGCAUAACUUUAUCAGAUGCACAUAUGGCGGCAUGGAAGACACACCUGUUGCAAAACGCUUUGAUAGAUUGUGUGAAUCUUUCUACCCAAUUGCGGAGAUAGGCGCCAUGUCAGAUGCUUCAUGCAAUUCUUUGACUGAAAAGCUUCACGCUCUCAAAAUUGAGUACUCUAGCAACUCAAUUUCUGAAAAUGACAAGAAUCAGGUUGGCACACAUGAAGAUGCGCCAUCGGAUGGGAAGACAACAAGUAAAACUAUUCUAAGUCCAAUACAUGUUAGAUGUGCUGGACGUCCUCCUUCAUUGAGAAAGGAAUCGAAGGUUGAUAAGCUUAUUCGUCAAGCAAACGAUAAGAAGAAGAAAGCUGAACAAAGGGACAAGAAAAAAGUAGAACAGGAGAAAAAGAAAGCUGAACAAAGGGACAAGAAAAAGGCAGAACAGGAGAAGAAGAAAGCUGAACAGAAGGCUCACUCCACAAAUUUAAACAACAAAAGGUGCAAUAAUAAAAGAAAACAACCAGAGGAUGAUAUUGUACAACAAGAUGUUAUGGAUUAUGCGAGUCAGGAAGGUGUUUAUUUGCAAGGUGGAGCUUCUAGUAGCAUACCUGAGGGAUCAUUUGAGGUGGGCACUACCACUGGCAACAUAAAUCCAACACCAACAGCUGCAAUACCAUAUGGAGGUUCAUCGACAAUGGUUAUGCCUCCAAUUCUAGGAGAAUAUACAAGCAUGUUGUUUCAAGUUCAGCAAGGAUCGACUCCAAUGUCCGGUCCUACAGAAUUACACUUUGAUGGAACUGGAGGGCUGAGCAAUACGACGGACCAGAGUUAA